AUGACAGAUCAAGAUGAAGUACGGGUUCGAUUGUUGUGCACAAAAACAAGAGUGGCGCCGCUCAAACUACAAACAAUACCCCGAUUGGAGCUUUGUGCUGUUCUUACUCUUACAAGACUAACAAGAAAGGCAACACAGGUCUUACGCGUGUCAAUUGAUAGAAUUGUCUAUUGGAGCGAUUCAACCAUAGUCCUCCAUUGGCUUCAAAUGCAGCCAAAUCAAUUACAAGUAUUUGUGGCUAACCGUGUAGCAGAAGUACAGGAGUUAACCGAUUACAAGACUUGGCGUCACGUACCAACACAAGUAAACCCAGCUGAUUUGUUAUCACGAGGUUUACCUCCUGCUCAGUUACAACAAUCCACUAUAUGGUGGUACGGUCCAUCUUUCCUGAAGAAGACUGAAGAAGAGUGGCUUGACAUACCUAAGUCGGAUGCUCCUGCAAUAGAAUUGAAGCGAAUAAUUUGUACCGCUAUAAAAACACAACUAAAUAGUCCAUCUAUAUUUAGUAUCACCACAAAUGUGAGAAAACUGAUUCGCGUUGUGGCAUAUUGCAAACGUUUUACCUUCAAUUGUCGAAAUAAGGAUAAACGCGAAAUAGGAUCUUUAACAGCUGCAGAACUGCAGAGUUCAUUACAUAAUCUUGCUAAACUCUCCCAAGGGGAUUCUUUUCCUACAGAAGUACAGACACUUAAGGAGGGUAAUUCGAUAACCGGGGGAAGAUUGGCUACACUUAAUCCAUUCGUUGAUAAGGAAGGAAUCAUGCGUGUUGGUGGGAAAUUAACAAACUCAGAAUUUAGUAUGGCUAAAAAAUAUCCCAUAGUUCUGUUGGCUAACGAUCAAUUUACAAAACUACUGUUUGUCGGUGAACAUCUAAGACUACUCCACGCAGGACCGCAAUCAAUAUUAAACUCAAUACGUCAGCAGUUUUGGCCACUUGGUGGAAGAAACCUAGCGAGAAAAACGGUACACGAUUGCGUUAGAUGCUUUAGAAGCAAGCCUCAGUUAUCACAGACUCCUAUAGGAGAAUUGCCAAGGGCUCGCGUAUCACUAACCACGCCCUUUCAUACAACGGGGGUACAUUAUGCAGGGCCAUUCAAUAUAAAGGAUAGGAAGGAGUUGGUUUCUGAUCUAUCCUCGGAGGCGUUUAUUGCGGCACUCAGACGUUUUUCAGCUAGACGGGGUAAACCGGCGCACAUUUACUCCGACAAUGGUACUAAUUUCGUCGGGGCUAACAGAGAGCUCAAGGAAUUGGCCCAAUUUAGUAAUUGCUUAAUCUUAGCUAGUGCUAAGAAUAAUUCUAUAAGAGAGGCCAUCAGCGAAAUUGGUAUCAGUUGGCAUUUUAUACCGGCUCAUUCACCACAUUUUGGUGGUUUAUGGGAGGCGGGCGUCAAAUCAACUAUAUAUCAUAUAAGGCGUGUAGCAGGCAAUGCUAUUUUAACUUUCGAGGAAUUGUAUACGUUGCUUACACAAAUCGAGGCGGUGUUAAACUCGCAUCCAUUAAUUCCUAUAUCAUUUGACCCCAACGAACUAACACCCCUCACGCCUGCUCACUUUCUCGUCGGUCGCAUGCUCACCGAACCAGCCGAUCCUCUUUUGACCGAAACACCGGAGUCUAGACUGUCUAGGUGGCAAUUUAUCCAGAGUCUCCAACAGCACUUCUGGAAACGAAGGAGUAAGGAACACAUCGCGGAACUUCAACAACGUGCCAACAAGAAGAAGGCUAAAUUUCCUAUCAACCAAGGCACUAUGGUACUCAUCAAGGAAGACAACCUUUCUCUACUAAAAUGGAAACUCGGACGCGUUGUGUCCAUCCAUCCAGGGCUGCGUUCAGAUUUUCCACCCGGCGGGUACAGGAUACCUGUCGUACCGACACCAACCGCCGCUAUACGGGAGCGUCGCAGAUUCACCGAGCCUAACCUCACAACUGUCAGAUUUUAA